AUGUUCCCUAAAACUAGCAAACCCGACUAUAUACGGCUCAAUUUGGAUGACUUGAGUGAAAUACAGUGUGAGACGAUGUUUAGGUUGGUUUCCUUGUUUUUUUUUCUUUUUUUUUCGGUUAUGGACACGAUAGCCUUUCGUUGAACUACAAAUGAAAAACAUUAACUUCAAUGACAGUUUCCAAAAACACGACAUGCAAAGCCCCCUAACUGCAUUGGAAAUCUCAUUACAUUUGCGUUCAGCGAACAAACGCAACUAG